CCUGGUAAAUGAGAAAGUGGUGAAGAAAAGAAGUCACUCAUGGCAAGACUAAGCACCAAUUCCUCUAUCUUGAUCCUCUACAUGCUUUUCAUCCCACCAUCUUGCCUGAGCCAAUCCCAGAAGCCCGGAAAGCUCACCGCUUUCUUCAUAUUCGGCGACUCUUUCUUCGACCCCGGCAACAACAACUACAUCAACACCUCAACUCUUGACCAAGCAAACUUCUGGCCUUAUGGAGAAACCUACUUCAAGUUCCCCACCGGACGGUUCUCCGAUGGCCGCUUGAUAUCGGACUUCAUCGCCAAACAAGCUGAGCUGCCAUUGAUUCCACCCUUCCUACAGCCGGGGGUUCGCCGGUAUAAUGCCGGAGUUAACUUUGCAUCUGCUGGAGCUGGGGCAUUGGUUGAGACUUUUCAAGGAGCGGUAAUUAAUCUGAAAACACAGCUGAGUUACUACAAGAAGGUUGAGGGUCAAUUGAGACAAGAAUUGGGGUAUGUUGAGGCCAAUAAAACCUUAUCAAGAGCUAUCUACUUGUUUAGCAUUGGCACCAAUGACUACAUCAGUCUUUUCCUAACCAAUUCCACCAUGUUUCACUCCUAUACUAAAUCCCAAUAUGUAGAAAUGGUCAUUGGCAACUUGACUACUGCAAUCAAAGAGGUAUAUGAUCGAGGUGGCAGAAAAUUUGGGUUUCUGAAUUUGGGGCCCUUGGGUUGUUUUCCAGGACUUCGAAUAAUUAAACCACAAAGUAAUGGAGGCUGCCUAGAAGCUGCUUCAACCCUGGCAAAGUUGCAUAAUAAAGCACUCUCCUAUUUCUUAUCAGACUUGAAGAAUCAGUUGCAGGGUUUCAAACAUUCACUUUACGACUUCAACAGUAAUCUGAGGCAAAGAAUAAACCAUCCCUCCAAAUAUGGUUUCAAGGAAGGCAAAACAGCAUGCUGUGGAACAGGGCCCUUCAGGGGUACAUUCAGCUGUGGAGGAAAAAGGUUAGUGAAGGAAUUUCAACUGUGUGAGAAUCCAAAUGAUUAUGUGUUUUGGGACUCUUACCAUCUCACUGAAAGGGUUUACAAGAUGAUGGCAGAUCAAAUGUGGAGUGGAGCCAAUAGAGGUUCUUACAAUCUGAAGGAUCUAUUCCAAUGCCUCUAAAUUUGCCUCAAAAUAAAUUCAACUGUAAACACAAUGUGUUCAAGAAUAACCUAUAACAUUUAUUGAUUGCCCAAGCAAGCUAUUAUUUUAAUUCUUUUUUUAUCCACUUAUGCACAGAU